GUAUUUUAGCUUUACAAAGUUAGCCGAUGUUUAGUAUUAUAUUUAUAUUGGCUUUGGAGAGUCUUUUAAUUGGAAAGCAUAUGAACUGCUUGUCCUGGCCACUUCAGUGCUCUCCAGACCUCUUUAUGAACUAACUCCCUGUUAACAGUAGAGGCUAGAUGUUAGCACCAACAGUCGGCAGCAAGAAAAGGUGAACAGGAUGAGGCUGAAAGAUGGUUACCAUAUGGCACUGCAAACAUCAGCAGGACGGCGCUAUGUGCAAACUUUCAUUAGUGGAUUCUUUGUUGCUGUUCCCGUCACAGUUACUAUCCUAGAUAAACUGGCAUAUGUGGCUCGAGUGGAAGGAGCGUCCAUGCAGCCAUUCCUUAACCCAGAUGUGGGAGCCCAGUCUGAUGUUGUCUUGCUGAAUCGUUGGAGUGUAAGAAACUACCAAGUUCAAAGAGGGGACAUUGUCUCUGUUGUUUCCCCUAGAAAUCCCAAGCAGAAGAUCAUCAAGCGUGUCAUUGGCCUAGAAGGAGACUUCAUCAGGACUCUAAGCUACAAGAACCGAUAUGUACGGGUCCCUGACGGUCAUUUGUGGAUAGAGGGGGAUCAUCGUGGACACAGUCUGGACAGCAACUGCUUUGGACCGGUGUCACUGGGGCUCCUGCAUGGCAGGGCCUCCCACAUCAUUUGGCCACCAAAUCGUUGGCAACGCAUUAAACCAUCUCUACCGCCAAAUAGAGAACCACUGGAUGCUGAAGAAGAUGAUGAAUAAAAAAAAUAUCAAGUAGUUUUUGUACAAAUUCUUUUAAGCAAAUGUUGUGCCAACGUCUAUUUCCUCAGUAUGUAACCAUUUGAAUUUGAAUAAUCAAGUGCUUUGAUUGGGUUGCUUGUGCUUUUUUUAAAAUCACUAUAAAGUAAAUCGUUGGUACUAACUUGGAACUAUUUUCUUUGAGGUUGUCAGCUUUCGAAGCUUCAAACCCAAAUACAGUAAUAAUCCCGAACAUUGUCCUUUGAAACAGAAUUUUACACAUUGAUAUUCAAUAGAGCAGACGACUUCAACGUGGGGGUCAAGAGUCACAACCUUGACUCAGAUAUGUGGGUCUCAGAUAUGCUCUGACCCACCAGUACCUCUGAUUGAGACAUUUUUUUGUAGAUUUUUAAAAAUGCUAAAGUUAUUUUGUAAUAUUUUACUGAUAUUCACACAGAAGAAAUUCUGAUGUCAAAUUCACACAUGUGAGUGUGAAUUUCCCACUGGGCUCCAUCUGGCCUGCUUCACAUCCAGACAAAUGAAGCCCAGAUGAAGUGUGUUUUGUUUUGCAGGUUACUAGAACAACCUCACUGCUGCUAUUUAUUACUUGAACUGUUCUGUGCAUUUUUACAUACAGUAUAUAUCAAUUGAACUUAGGGAAGGUCCAGUCUGAGUGCAUGAAGUUCAUGUUGAGUUGACUAUAGCAAUUAGAGCAAAUUAUUAAAGUGCAGUAAAAACAGACCAAAUUUAGAUAAUAGGUUCUUGGGACACUUUCCAUUAGAAGUAGAAAAUGAUUGAUCAGUCUGUGCCUCUAUCUAAGCAGGUGUUCUCUUUCCUUGGCAAACAAACAUCAGUGAUUCAAGAAAACUGUUUCAAUUGUGGUGAGAUUUAUGGCCUUGUUAAAAAAAAUAUUACUGUAACGAUAUGAAACAUCUCUUCUUUUACUGUUACUGAAAACUUCUCCUGGAAAUGUCUGAGAUGUCUUGGUAGAAUUUCCUUGAUAACAUUUGCAGAUUAAAACACCUUAUGAUUUAAUGUUAACCAAAUGUUGGAAUAGUGUACUUUAAGAAAUAAAAGAAUUAAAAAUG